AUGUCUCUCGGAUGGAACUUCAGUGGGGUAGCAAUCUUUUGCCAAUAUCCAAAUGGCAUACCGAAGAUUAGAGGCACCGGCAAAGUUUUCCCUACGAGGUUCUCUCCUCCAACUAGUUCGGCCCUCCCGACAGAAGUGUUUCGAAGCGACAGAAUAUGUUCCCGGUACAUCCAUCUCAAAGACCGCCAGUGCACUCUUGUCUUCACGGAUGGCGCGUGCUUGAAUAAUGGCAUGCCUAACCCUAGGGCUGGCUGGGGAAUCGUCUAUGGUCCGGGACACCGGGACGGCGGGCCGGAGAUUGAGUGCGGUCGGCUAGAGAACAAAGGACCUUUCGGCGACGACGGUAUCCAGAGCAGCAACAGGGCCGAGCUCCGUGCCGUCAUCGCCGCUCUGCGUGUCCGAAACUGGCCCGGCGAAGGCUUGAAUACUAUUGUUAUCGCCACCGACUCGACAUACGUCGUCGACGGAUCUACGAAGUGGGCCAAGACGUGGAUCAAGAAUGAUUGGAAGACGGGCGUAGGCGCAGAUGUCAAGAACAGAGACCUGUGGGAGAUGCUCCUAGGCGAAGCCGAGAGAUGGGAGGAUAGGGGGCUUUUGAUCCAGUUCUGGAAGAUUCCUAGGGACUGGAAUAGUGCUGCGGAUGCAGCUGCGAAAGAGGGUGCCCUGAAAGAGGAGGUGACUGAUUAUAGCGUCAGGCCAGAGCGCAUGUGCUUUUGA